AUGGCAAAGUUAGAGCCAUACGUGGGCGAUUACUACCUUUGGAAAUAUGUGCCAUCGAUUCCAGCAGCUGUCAUCUUUCUCCUGCUCUUCGUAUGCACGACUGCUUUCCAUUUCUGGAAAAUAUGGAAGACGCGAGCGCGGUUCUGCAUCCCCUUUGCCAUUGGAGGAUUGUUUGAAAUUAUCGGCUAUAUAGGUCGAAUCGACUCGCACGGGAAGACCGGAAAGCUUGGACCCUAUAUCAUUCAGAGUGUCUUUAUUCUUCUUGGACCGGUCCUCUUCGCGGCUUCGGUAUACAUGGUCCUCGGACGCCUCAUCCGCAGCAUUCAAGCAGAAAAGCACUCAGUUAUUCGCGUCAACUGGCUCACAAAGAUAUUUGUCGCGAGUGACGUCCUCUCCUUCCUCGUCCAGGGCUCCGGGGCGGGUCUCAUGGCAAAUGGGUCGAGUGCAGACAUGGGAAACAACAUCGUCAUCGCGGGACUCGUGAUUCAGGUGCUCAUGUUUGGACUGUUCAUGAUCACGUCGUUUGUAUUUGAGCGGCGUAUGAACCAUGCUCCGAGUGGCCAUGUAUUUGAUGCAGAAGUGCCGUGGAAGACUCACUUGCACGUUCUAGAUGCCGUCAGUGCUUUGAUAUUGAUUCGAUCGGUGUUCAGGGUAAUCGAGUACGCCGGGGGUCAGGACGGGUAUCUGCUCGGUCACGAGUGGACCAUGUACAUCUUCGACUCGGUGCCGAUGGUCGCUGCUAUGGCGUUGUGGGGAGUGUGGCAUCCAGGCGUCAUCCAGCAUUCCACCCGGCGCACACACACGCAGGCGCUGGACAUGAGUAUGGGGUAA